CCCAAGGGUAGAUUGUAUCGCGGCCGCCAACUCCCAGGUGCGUUUGCUAAAUCCUCUCCUUUGUGGCAGAUUAUUUUAGUUGAUCAAAUUGAAAUGAAAGUGUUGUUAGUUUCAUUUCUUGUGCAUAAGGGUGGUUUUUUGGGUGUUAGGAGUAGAAUUAAUUAAUCCUAAUUGCAGCCCGGAGUUGUUUAAGGUGCCAAACUGUUCAAACUCCUAUUGGUUGCAUGCUGCUCGGGGUUAUUAAAGUGGAUACUUUAUAGCCCGGGUUGAUUUAUUUUCUGUCAAAUUUGUUUGUGUUGUUUUGUGGUUGAUACCAUGGCUGCUAAUCAGUAUGGUAUGCUCCCGUUUAACGAAAAACGGAUUUUGACAUAUUCAAACAAAAAAUCAAGUGUGUUGUAAUACAACAAAAAGUUUUUAGAGUUGUCACAGGUAUUUUCCUUGAAUCAAAAGAUAAGGCUAUGCAAAUUGAAAUGAGCGAAACUGCUUGUUCUACUAUUUACUUGAAUCUGACUGAUUCUGUGCUUAGGAAAGUGGGUAUUUUUGAAUCCGCUAAGGCUUUGUGGGAGAAAUUGGAUAGUCUCUAUAUUGAUACCCCUUUGCCCGGGAAGUUGUUUUUACUUGAAAAAUUCUUUAGGUUUAGGCUUGACCUGACUAAGGAUAUAGAUGAGAACCUUGAUGUGUUUGAUAAACUGAUACAGAAUAUCAAACAGGCAGGUGAUAAACACAUAGACGAUUAUACUCCCAUAGUGUUACUUAGUGUCAUUCCUGACUCUUAUAAUGAUGUUGAGUCCGCUAUUAAAUAUGGUAGGGAUGAGAUUUCGCUAGAUAUUGUCGUUAAUGGGUUAAGGAGUAAGGAAUUAGACCUGAAGCAUGUAGGGGUAGUCAUAGUCAGUUCAGGGACUCCGAUGAGGCUAUGUUUGUUAGAGGUAGAUCUAAGAGUAGGUCUAAGCACUUUAAGCAAAACAGUCAAAGUAAGAACACUAGUCAGCCAGGGGGAAGAGGAACAAAUCUAGGAAGAGAGUGUGUUACAAUUAUGGUAAUGUUGGCCAUUUCAUUAAGGGUUGCCCUAACCCUAAGAAGACCGAGCAUGCUAGUGUAGCUGUUGAUAGAUGUGACCUUGAUGAGGUUUUGAUGGUUUGUGACCAUGUUAAUUCUGUGCGUAAUUCUCUGUCUGAGCAUGAAUGGUUGAUCGACUCUGGUUGUACCUUUCACAUGUCCCCCUUUAGAGAUUUGUUUUCUACAUAUGAAGUAUGUGAUAGUGGCUAUGUUUCCUUGAAUGAUAAUAAAAGAUGUAAUGUGCUUGGUGUUGGUGAUAUAUGUCCGAAAUUUUCUUGUGGCUCUACGUUUACCAUUAAGAAUGUGAGGUAUGUCCCUGAUUUGUGUCAUAACUUGUUAUCUGUUGCUGCUUUGGAGAGUAGUGGUUUACAUGGAAAAUGGGGGAAUGGUUGCAUGAAAAUUCUGAAAGAUCUCUUGUUUUCUUUAAAGUUGAGAAGGUGAAUAACCUUUAUGUGUGUUAUGCUAAAUCUUUUGCUGAUUCUUUGAAUGUUGUAUGUGUUGAUAAGACCUCUUUGUAGCAUAAUAGGCUAGGGCAUAUGAGCAAUAAGGGUUUAGAUAUCAUGCAUAAGUCUGGUUAUUUUGGUAAAGACUUUGUGACUUCUGUGCCUUUCUGUGAAUCAUGUGUGUUGGGCAAGCAGCAUAGAGUUAGCUUUCCUACAUCCUCUUACCCUAAUCUGUCUAAGUGUUCGUCUGUGCUUGAAUAUGUUCAACGCAUGUCAACAACCAUUAAGAGUACCCUUCACAUAUCUCAACAACCAUUUCAACGCAUUCCAGUGAGUGUGUUGAACAUAUUUAAGCACAAACGAACACUUAGACAGGUUAGGGUAAGAAGAUGUAGGAAAGCUAACUCUAUGAUGCUUGCCCAACACACAUGAUUCACAGAAAGGCACAGAAGUCACGUAGUCUUUAACAAAAUAACCAGACUUAUGCAUGAUAUCUAAACCCUUAUUGCUCAUAUGCCCUAGCCUAUUAUGCCACAAAGAGGUCUUAUCAGCACAUACAACAUUCACAGAAUCACCAAAAGGUUUAGCAUAACAAACAUAAAGGCUAUUCACCUUCUCAGCUUUAAACAAAACAAAAGAUCUUUCAGAAUUUUCAUGCAACCAUUCCCCCAUUUUCCCGGUAAACCACUACUCUCCAAAGCACCAACAGAUAACAAGUUAUGACAUAAAUCAGGGACAUGCCUCACAUUCUUAAUGGUAAACACAGAGCCACAAGAAAAUUUCAGACAUAUAUCACCAACACCAAGCACAUUGCAUCUUUUAUUAUCAUUCAAGGAAACAUAGCCACUAUCACAUACUUCAUAUGUAGAAAACAAAUCUCUAAAGGGGGACAUGUGAAAGGUACAACCAGAGUCAAUCAAUCAUUCAUGCUCAG